AUGGAUUUGAAAGUAACUCUCUGUUACAUCCUUCUUUUAUUAUUUUCAAUAUCUUCAGCAGAAGAUAUUAAGCUUAAACUGAAAGGAGUGACAAAUAUAGCUACUACAGAUGAAAAUUUUAUAUGUGCAACUUUAGAUUGGUGGCCAGAAAAUAAAUGUGACUACAAUCAAUGUCCAUGGGGGAAAUCUGGCAUUCUCAAUCUGGACUUAGAUAACAAAAUUCUAUCAAAUGCUAUAAAAGCUUUUGAUCCCUUGAGAAUUAGAAUAGGAGGAUCAUUGCAAGAUCAGAUUAUUUAUCAAUUUGGUCCUCAAAAGAAUUGCACCCAAAUGAUCAAGAAAGAUGAUGGCUUGUUUGGAUUUAGUGUUGGCUGUCUUCCUCAAAAUAGAUGGGAUAGAGUAAAUGACUUUUUUAACAAAUCUGGAGUGAAACUAACUUUUGGGCUAAAUGCCCUUAUUGGAAAGAAAAAUUCCAAGGAGGACAAGUUGAACUACAUGGGAAAUUGGAAUCCAUUAAAUGCCAUAACUCUCAUGAAGUACACCAUUUUAAAAGGAUACAAAAUAGAUUCAUAUGAAUUAGGAAAUGAACUAUGUUCAGAAGGAGUAUCUGCCAGAAUAGACAGUGUUCAAUAUGCUAAAGAUAUUACUAAAUUAAGAUUUAUAAUUAAUAAAUUAUAUCCAAAUGUGACUACAAGACCAAAGGUGUUAGGCCCUGCUGGCUUCUAUGGUAAGGAAUGGUUUGAUAGCUUCUUACAAAAUGUAGGACAUGGUGUGGUUGAUGGAGUCACUCAUCACAUAUACAACCUUGGUGCUGGUGUUGAUCAGGAUCUUAUCGAGAAAGUUCAAGACCCUUAUUUUUUGAGUCAAAUUGCUCAAACUUUUAAAGAUGUCUCGGUAGCUGUCAAAGAAUUCACACCAUGGGCAGGAGCAUGGGUUGGAGAAUCUGGUGGAGCUUAUAAUAGUGGUGGCAAAGAUGUGUCACAUACUUUUGUUAAUGGUUUUUGGUACUUGGAUCAACUAGGCAUGACAUCAACCUUCAACCAUAAGGUUUAUUGUAGACAAGCUCUUAUUGGAGGAAAUUAUGCUUUGCUUAACACCACAACUUUCAUACCAAAUCCUGAUUAUUAUGGAGCGCUUUUGUGGCAUCGACUAAUGGGAAGCAAAGUUCUCUCUGUCUCUCAUGAAGGCUCCCCAUAUUUGCGAACAUAUGCUCAUUGUUCUAAGAAAGGGCCUGGUAUUACUGUGUUGAUCAUAAACAUGUCCAAAUCAACAUUCAAUUUUUCACUUGUGAAUGACAUGAAUCUGUAUCCAGAGGAUUACACAACAGAAGGUAGUGUACAAACAAGUACAAGCAACUCAAUGGAUGAUAAACAAAUAAGAGAAGAGUAUCAUUUGACACCAAAAGAUGGAAACAUUCAAAGUGAUGUUGUCCUUCUGAAUGGAACUCCAUUGAAGCUAACUGAGUCGCUCGACAUUCCAGAACUGAAACCAGUAAUGAUUUCUUCAUCUUCUCCAAUCAAAGUGGGGCCUCAAUCCAUUGUGUUUGUGAAUGUCAAAGGCUUCAAAGCACCAGCAUGUGCUGCUAGUUAGUUAGUUAGUUAGUAUAGACAUGAUAUUAAUCAACUUUAAAUUUUUCAUUAA